AUGAUGCUGAAUUCUAAGCUUGCAGCUUGGUAUGGAGAGCCAAAGAACUUCCGUCCUCCAUAGAGUGGUCAGUUUUGCCCCUGAUCCUCUCCCUGGCAGUAUGACAGACACACCACUGAGCCAAUCAGCUUUUAUCUCUCGGGCUUGGAGGAGCUGCUGUCUUGGAAACCCACUUCUGAUGAUGCUUUCAACAUAUCUAUUGAGCCAUUAGCAAAACGAAAUCCUCUGCUUGACAGCAACAGGCCCCACACACUGGUGUGCCAUGACAUGAAGGGUGGCUACCUUGAAGACAGGUUCAUCCAGGGGUCAGAGGCCCGUGACCCUUUUGUGUUCUACCACUGGUGCUACAUUGACAUCUUUGUAUACUUCAGCCACCACACAGUUACCAUUCCGCCAGUGGUCUGGACCAAUGCUGCUCAUCGCAAUGGUGUCCUUAUGCUGGGGACAUUCAUCACAGAGUGGACGGAUGGUGCAAAGAUGUGUGAGUCGUUUCUGGCAGGCGAGGAAGAAGCAUAUCGCUCCGUGGCUGAGCAGCUGGCUGCCAUUGCACAGUUCUAUCGAUUCGAUGGUUGGCUGGUCAACAUUGAGAAUUCUUUGAGUGAGACGGCUGCACGCAACAUGCCCCACUUCUUGCGAUACCUGACAGACCGGGUGCACCAAGCUGUGCCAGGAGGAAAGGUGGUGUGGUAUGACAGCGUCCUGAAGAGCGGCGAGCUCAGGUGGCAGAACGAACUCAACGAUAACAACCAGGUUUACUUUGAUGCUUGUGAUGGCUUCUUUACUAACUACAACUGGAAGGAUGAGCAACUGCUGCAGACGAGAGAGAUGGCAGGCGAGCGUCGGUGUGAUGUCUACGUGGGGGUGGAUGUAUUUGGCCGUGGUGAUGUUGUGAGCUGCGGCUUUGAUUCUAACAAGUCUCUGCGUCUGAUUCGUCAUCAUGGCCUUUCGGUGGCUAUCUUUGCACCUGGCUGGGUGUACGAGCACUUGGGCCCAGUUGACUUCCUACACAACGAGAACAAAUUCUGGGGCCUGCUGGCUGAAUGGCUGCCCACUCAUAGUGUUGGCUCCCUUCCCUUCAGCACCAGCUUCAGUCUAGGCAUGGGUAAGAAGCACUUCAGCAAUGGACAGGAGAACGGGACCAAGCCGUGGUACAACUUGAGUGCUCAGGAGGCCCAGCCCCUGUACACGAGCGAGCGGCUGCCUGCCGGGGGCUGGUUGCGGACCCGCUGCUGCUUGCAGGAUGCCUGGUGCGGGGGUAGUUCCCUGCUGCUGGAGGGGGCCAUCCCACCCACCGCUAAUCACAUCACAGCAAGGCUGUUUUCCUUUCAGACGCCGGCACCUCACAGACUCUACCUUGUCUUAAUUUAUAAACACGAAGGCUCGUCUGGAGCAGUGUCCAUUGCCCCAGAGCUGACAACGCAGGAGUCACACACUUGUUUUAACUUGGACGUGUCUGCGCGGUCUGCAGAACCAACCCGGCAUAAGCCCUCACUUCUCCUCCCGCCUCCUCCCCACCUGGCCCAGUUAAUGAGAGAGUGUGGACAUCAUGGGGAUCUUGGUUGGCAGGGCCGAUGCUACGAGCUGGAGCUCCAGAACUGUGUCCUGAAUGAACUUUUGGUUGGUGUCUCCCGUCGGCACAGAGGCCAGGAUGAAGUGCCUUUCACCUACCACCUGGGCGAGAUCUGGGUUAUGGAUGCCGCCCACUUGCGCUCCCCACUGCCCGCUGCAACCGGCAGUCCAGUCUCAUCCAUUGAAGUUGCCCACGUCCAGUGGCAUCGCCCUUCCCCGGAGGAGCUCUCCGUCAGUCUUACCUUGCAGUGGAACUGUCCUCCUAGCAAGGCCAAGUGCUUUCGCGUGCACUACCGCAGUGGCUCAUGUGUUGGUGAUCCGGAACCCUCUCCGCUCCAGAUUGGGGAAGCCCAUGCGCCCCUGUACCGCGUGACUGAUCUCAGGGUGCCGGAUGCUCACUCCGAGGCUUCUUGCCACUUAGAGUUCCUUGUGGAACCAGUGCCUCAUGAUGGGGUCCAGGUAGCUGUUGCCAUGUGGGGAAGGCUACUCUUUGUGUACUCUAACCCAAAGCUACCCAGCACUGGUGGCAAUACCAAUGCUCGGUAA